AUGGAUUACCCUAUGAGUGUCAAUGUCACUAACACACGGUGCCCACCCAUUGGGCCGGAAGACGCACAAACAUCUCAUGACUCAAAAUUGUUUGAUGAUGACAAUGGUUGUGAGAGCGCUACUGCCAACCUUUGGCCAGUGGAGCAUGACUUUCAGCUAGUGCAGUAUGACCUUUGGCCAGUGGAGCAUGUCUUUCAGCUAGUGAGGUAUGACUUUUGGCCAGUGCAGUUUGACUUGACAAGAGGGUCAGAAAUGAACCGGCAUCUGAAAAACAACACUUUCAUGAAGUUGACUAUUCACAAGAACUUUGUACAACUGUAUAUAAACAAGAAGAACAGAUUAACAAAAUCAUGGAGGAAGGACAGAUGGUGCACCAGCAAGUUGAAGAAUGCCUCCGGGAACAAGAACAUCAUGCAGAAGUGGUGCGCCAGCAAGCUGAGAAAUACAUUCAGGAACAACACCGUCUUGCAGAAGUGUUAUUGGCAAGUGCGCCAGCAAGCUGAAGAACACAUUCAGGAACAAUACCUUCUUGCAGAAGACGAACACAAGUGUCAUGCACGUGACAUUGGCAAGCAGGCUCAGCAAUUGGAAGCAGCUUUGAGAGAGUGGGAGAAGCAACUGAAGUAUGCUGAAAAUGAACUUGAAGUAAUUCACAAACAACAUCACCAGCAGUGCCAGGAAGCAGAAUUAACCGAAAGAAGACAAAAAGAGUUAGAAGAACAUGAGAAAUCCAUUGGCGCCGAGGUAGAACAAAGGCUGCAACUAGAAGUAGAAAACCUGAAGGCAGAAAAACAGGCUGAGCUCACUAACAUGGAGCAACAGUUUGCGAGAUGCGGUAGGCAACAGGAUGCAGCUAUGGAUAUGGACACAGACACCACCCCCAGGAGCGCUCAGCAGCAGGCCAAAACGCCUCAGAAACCACAGUCCAACACUCCAUCCCUCGAUGCAAUCAAAAGGAUUAAGAAGGCACAUGGAACAAUGCGCAGGACAUGUCUGGUAUCUGUGGCAGAUGACAAUGACCCUAUAGAAAUGUGUCCAGAACAAUCACACAUGGUCAAGCCAGAGCCACUGCAAUCAGGCGAUGCUUCUAUGUCUGCAAUGGAGAAUGCAGUCUCCAGAGGUGUAGAGGCAGCACUCAAACACAUCCUCAUCGACAAGGAUCUCCUGAGAGUCAUGAAGCGGAGUCCUCAAAGGAAAGAUGCCGAUUGUUUGGGCCACAAGACAGCCACUCGUGAUGUCGUGAACUCAUAUGAGUAUGAAAAUGGUCCAGGCCCUGACCACCAGGAACUUGCCUUUGAUCUCGCAAAUGGAUCUAAAACUCCCUGGAAUGUGAGAAUUCUCAAUAUGCUCCUUGAAGAUUUGGAGAGGAGUAAGAAAGAUGAUUGGCUAGUCCAAAAGCUGAAAAAGGAUGAAGUUGAAGAGGAUCUCCCAACUUGGCAGUGGCUUCAAAAGCUAAUCAAAAUGGUGGGAGACAAUGGGAUGAGCUCAGAAGAAAGUGACAUGGAGAACAAUGUGAAAACGGUACUCUGGGUCAAGAAUAUGCCAUGGCAUUGUGGGGUGGAGAAAGAACUGAAUAUUAUCAACCAUCAGAGAGUAUUGGAGGUUGAGAUUUUCUUGCCCCAGGGCUCAAAGCCAAUGAAAAGGAUAUGUGUGCCCAGUAAUCUGGAGACUUCAUGGAGCCCGAUGACAGGAUUACCCAAGGGCCAAUAUGAUGGUGAAUGGAUUUCUGAUCUCACUGAGCGGGAAGUUCAGAGGUUGGAAAUGUCGAAUGAGACAUUUAGAUAG